CCGCCCCUUGCCCGCUUCCGCGUCAGCGCUUCACCACCACCUGCCCGCGCGCCGCCCCAUAUAAAGGAGCCGCCGGCCUUGCCCCCUGGGAUUCGGCCCCAUGGAGACGCCGCCGGCCGCGGCUGGCGCUCAGCGGGUAGGAGCUGUGGCGUGGUGCCUUCCAGGAGUCUGAGCUAUGAGUGGCCCCUGUGGAGAGAAGCCUGUCCUGGAAGCCAGCCCCACCAUGAGUCUGUGGGAAUUUGAGGACAGCCAUAGCCACAGCCGUCAGGGCACCCCCAGGCCAGCCCAAGAGCCGGCAGCUGAGGAGGCCUCGGCCGUGGAACUACAGAUGAAGGUGGACUUCUUCCGGAAGCUGGGCUAUUCAUCCACGGAGAUCCACAGCGUCCUACAGAAGCUGGGCGUCCAGGCAGACACCAACACGGUGCUGGGCGAGCUGGUGAAACACGGGACGGCCACCGAGCGGGAGUGCCAGGCCUCACCGGACCCCUGCCCUCAGCUCCCUCUAGUCCCGCGGGGUGGGGGCACCCCUAAGGCUCCCAACCUGGAACCUCCACUCCCAGAGGAGGACAAGGAGGGCAGUGACCUGAGACCAGUAGUCAUCGACGGGAGCAACGUAGCCAUGAGCCAUGGGAACAAGGAGGUCUUCUCCUGCCGGGGCAUCCUGCUGGCGGUGAACUGGUUUCUGGAGCGGGGCCACACAGACAUCACAGUGUUUGUGCCAUCCUGGAGGAAGGAGCAACCUCGGCCCGAUGUGCCCAUCACAGACCAGCACAUCCUGUGGGAACUGGAGAAGAAGAAGAUCCUGGUGUUCACACCAUCGCGGCGCGUGGGUGGCAAGCGGGUGGUGUGCUAUGACGACAGAUUCAUCGUGAAGCUGGCCUACGAAUCUGAUGGGAUCGUGGUUUCCAACGACACGUACCGUGACCUCCAGGGCGAGCGGCAGGAGUGGAAGCGCUUCAUUGAGGAGCGGCUGCUCAUGUACUCCUUCGUCAAUGACAAGUUUAUGCCUCCCGAUGACCCACUGGGCCGGCACGGGCCCAGCCUGGACAACUUCCUGCGUAAGAAGCCACUCACUUUGGAGCACAGGAAGCAGCCGUGUCCCUAUGGGAGGAAAUGCACCUACGGGAUCAAGUGCCGAUUUUUCCACCCAGAGCGGCCAAGCUGCCCCCAGCGCUCUGUGGCAGAUGAGCUCCGCGCCAAUGCUCUCCUCUCACCCCCCAGGGCCCCAAGCAAGGACAAAAGUGGCCGGCGGCCUUCACCUUCAUCCCAGUCCAGUUCUCUGCUAACCGAAAGUGAGCAAUGCAGCCUGGAUGGGAAGAAGCUGGGGGCCCAGGGAUCCCCAGGGCCCCGCCAGGAGGGUCUAACACAGACCUAUGCCCCAUCAGGCAGGAGCCUCCCACCUAGCGGGGGCAGUGGCAGCAGCUUCGGGCCCACGGACUGGCUCCCGCAGACUCUGGACUCACUCCCGUACGUCUCCCAGGAUUGCCUGGACUCGGGCAUUGGCUCCCUGGAGAGCCAGAUGUCAGAACUGUGGGGGGUUCGAGGAGGAGGCCCUGGUGAGCCAGGCCCACGCCGAGCCCCAUACACGGGCUACGGUCCCUAUGGAUCUGAGCUCCCAGCCACUGCGGCCUUCUCUGCCUUUGGCCGGGCCAUGGGUGCUGGCCACUUCAGUGUCCCUGCCGACUACCCACCUCCGCCCCCUGCCUUUCCGCCUCGAGAGUACUGGUCUGAACCAUACCCACUGCCCCCACCCACACCAGUCCUUCAAGAGCCCCCAGUGCAGAGCCCAGGGGCUGGCAGGAGCCCGUGGGGCAGGGCAGGCAGCCUGGCCAAGGAGCAGGCCAGUGUGUAUACCAAGCUGUGUGGUGUGUUUCCCCCGCACCUGGUGGAGGCCGUGAUGGGGCGCUUCCCACAGCUCCUGGACCCCCAGCAGCUGGCUGCCGAGAUCCUCUCUUACAAGUCCCAGCACCCCAGUGAGUAAGCUGCCCGUGGCUGGCAAGGGCAGCACCCCCAGCCUCCAUGGGCUGUCAGGCUGAGCCUUGGGCCAUCGAGCAGCCCAUUCCCAGCCCUGAGGCCCACCCCGGAGAUGGACAGAGGGAGGAUUCAAGUUGGGAAGGAAACCCACAAACCAAAGAUACUGUAGGAUUGGUUCUGGCCCAUGCAGCACCUCUAGCUGUCUGCCUGAGUGGGUCAGAAACGAUCACCCUGUUGAUACACAUUGUAUCUCUGUAGUUUAAGGAGACGCUGCCGGUAACGGCGUCAGUCCAUGGCUGAGGCCCAAACCGUCUUUUCUCUCGGAGGGUGGGGAGAGAGGUGGGGGCAGCAGAGGCCUGGGCUGGGUGCCCUGUGCACGCCACCCCACUUCCGCUCUACCCCUAGGACGUUGGCCUUGGCUGGCUAGUUGGGCACUGUGUGCCCGCCCUCCAAGGGCCUCCUCUACGCCAAUGAGGCCUCAUCCGUGCUCUCGCUGGGCACGUGGCUUCAUGUCAGUAAGCAAGAUGCUUCUUAAUAACCUACCUUCUGCCCCACUCUGUUCCUUAUCCCACUGCCCCUGUAGGGGUCAAGGGCCCUCUGUCUACACUCUCCUCCUCCUCCUCCAUCCUCUAUUCAGUCAUCUCGCCCUUCCCCACAGGUGGGGGAACGUGUGUGUGUACACAUGUAAAUUUUAAAUAUUUUAAGCAGAAAGUCCUUACCUCCUGUAAUACAUCAAUAAAGUACAAUCAAUGCGAGCCCUUUCAA